AUGUUGGACGCCACUGACUUGCUCUAUACAUUAUGGAGCAAACAUCGUGUGACGAUUGCCAUCGUCUUCAUCAGCUACAUAGCAUUGGUUAACCUGCUUCGAUACCGCCGCAUGGCGAAGAUCGAGGCCCCAUUCACAGCCGGCAAGAAAGACUUGUCAGAAAUGACAGUAAAAGAAGCACAUGAUAUUCUGAACCAGUUACAAGAACUCGAGUUUCCACAUGCUUUUGCCAAAGCUCGAAAAAUUGCUCUGUUGAAGGCCGGAGGUAUCCCGACUAUGUCCAAACUCUUCGCUGUCACAGGGCAAAACAAUAAGCGCAAUUCAGGCAAGCGUGCUGUCGAUACGGAAAUCCUCUUGCGAGAGCUGACGUGGGAUAUCGUUAGCCAUGCCCGUUACCGUCGUGCCAACAAAAUAACGGAUAAUGAUCUCCUUCAUACUCUGGGCGACGGUCUUGCCGAGAUCCUGAAUGUUGUUAAAAGAGAAGAAUGGCGCAAGCUUACUGACGUUGAAAUAUGUGCCCUCGGUAUCUUUCACAAGAACUUGGGAGAAGACAUGGGUAUUCCCUUUGACGUGCUUCCUUCAAGCUGUGAUGGAUGGCAAAACGGCCUCCACUUUGCAGUUGAAUUGAGAGACUGGACAAUCCAGUAUGAAGAAGAAGUGGCAAAGCCCACGGCGACGAACGAUCAAUACGUCCGAGUAUAUGUUGAUUCGGCAUUGUCAUCGCUUCCUGGGUUCAUCAGAACAAGUGUGCGGAAAAUGCUUGGUAAUGACUUGGACGAUGUUAUGAGAACGAGCCUUUGUCUUGAGUCCCCUGGGCCAGUCCUCUGGUUCCUACUGGCUCUCGUCCGAGAAGGGCGAAAGGUAUAUCUUCGAUACCUUGCACUUCCGCGCUCUUCGUUCAGUGCUGUUAAACUAGUGCACGACAUGCCAAACCAAGAAACGCAUCUAUAUAACUUCCAAAGAAAGACACUGCAGCCUUGGUACGUGAAGCCGACCUUCUCGUCAAAAUGGGGACUCGGCGCGAUGCUUGUUAGAGCGCUGGGAGGAAAGGUGCCUGGGUCGCGAGGGGACCGGUAUCAACCUGGAGGAUACGACUUAAUGACGAUUGGGCCAGAUCCACAGAAGGAGCACGGAGCGGAUGAGAUGAUGUCCGAUAUUGAGGUAAUAAAAGCGAGAGGUGUGGCUACAUGUCCGUUCUCACAGGCAAAGACGAAGUCGGGUCACUUUGAGUAA